ACUAAAAUUGUUGACAAAAAAGAUCCUUUUACAUUUUGUGAUAAGUCUGAUAGUUUUGCCUGAAAAGUAAAAAGAUCUCGAAAUUUACUACAACUUGACUUCAAACUCCAGUAACUUUUGAACAAAUGGUUUUAUCAAAAAAUGAUAAGAAACCUUUUUUGUAGAGCGUUCAAUUUCCUACAAAAAUAUGUAUUAGUCUAUUCGAUCUAUUGAUCUGUUAACGAGUUAAAGAUACUUACAGCUUAAAAAAAAAUUUCCCGCGUUAUUUAAAUGGAAAAUAGAUUUUAAUUUUUCAAUGAGCGAAGUCUGUAAUCGAUAAAAAAUUUUCUUUCUUGCACGAGAAUUUUUAUUUUUGUGUUGAUCUCUGAUUUUUUCCACAUGAAGCAAAAAAAAUGUUGCUCUGAAAUGACGCACUCUAUAUAAAUUUAGAAUACAACAUAACCUAAAAUUUUGUUAUUGUCUUUGUCUUUAUUUUUAUUUCUCAAGACUUAUUGAAAAUAAAAAAAAAGAAAAGAAAAAUUCUAAUUGAAUAUUUUCGUAUUUAUUUUUUUUAGUAGCUCGUUAAAAUGUCUGGAUCUAAUAAAACAUUUUGUGAUGAUAUGCGUAAAGCAACUAAAGAAAUUCAUGCAAUAAGUGAUGCAUUAGUAAAUGCUAAAUUGGCAUUAGGAUUACAUAAUAAUAAAAUAUGGGCUGAUGGACUAUUAAUAUUCUAUGAAAUAUUUAAAUUUUUAGAAGAGUCAAUUGAUAAAAAAAUUCAUAGUAAAAUUGAAUGUUUUAAAUUUUUGUAUGAUUUAAAACGUUCGCAAGCUAUUCAAGACGAUUUGAAUUAUUAUUUAAAUAAAGACUGGCUGAAAAGUUAUAGUCCAAGACCUGCAGUCAUUAAAUAUAUAGAUCAUUUGAAAAAAUUGAAAAAUGAUAACCCUAUAUUAAUAAUUGCAUACAUCUAUCAUCUGUACAUGGGUUUACUGAGCGGUGGAAUAAUACUUCGUAAAAAACGACAGCUAGUAAAAAAGUUAAUGAUAUUUAAUACUGGUGACAACGAUAAAUUAGAAGGCAACCGUGUGACAGAUUUUGGUGAAUUAAGUAUUUAUGAAUUGAAAAAAAAAUUAAGAAAAACGAUGAACGAAGUUGCUGAUGAUCUAGAUGACGAUGUCAAACAAAGUCUUAUUGAAGAGAGUAAACAAGUAUUCAUUUUAAAUAAUCAAGUUAUACAAAGUGUACAAGGUGUUAAUGCUGUAAUAUUCAAAAAAUUUAUUCCUAUUAUUAUUUUUAUUAUUGCACUUGUUAUAUUGUUAUAUAUUUUUAGAAAUAAAAUUUAAUUCGUUACCCAUUC